UUCAGUCCACUUUCGUUGGCUUGCUGCCUUCCAGAGUUUCAGUUACUUUUCCUGUAUUUGGAAAGUUUGCAAACUGUUGCUGCCAUCCACUAGCCUUGAUCCAUGCACCAAGCCACCAACAGAAAUAAAUUGUAGAUUUUGGUCUUUUCUAACCUGAAUCGCUUUUUUUUUCGGUUUUUUUUUCUCGAAUUUAUUUUUUCUUAAUUUUGGACAUGGUGGAUAUAAAUCGACGGAGGUGCUCCCCUCUCGCCCCGGGCAUCUUCUCUUCGCCUUUUCUCUUUACUGGAAACACAGCCAUGGAAGCUUGAAGCGCCGCUGAAGACGAUAGAACAAACCAUUACGUCCUAAACCUAAUUUAUACCUCAAUAUAUUCUCUCCUUGGGGAAAAUGGCUUCCCUGAUUUUCUCUCCUGCAUCUUCUUCUUCGGCUAUGGUUUCUUCUUCCUCUCUGUGCCGUGGAAUUUUUAUUUCCAACGAGCCUCGUUUUCGGCUUUCUUCUCGAAACGGCGUGAGGUGCAAUCUGGUGGAGCCAUUAAAGAUUAACAAUGGAAAACCAAGCAUUCCAGUGUUUAAUGAGCAAACCAUUCCCAGUUUAUUGACUUCAAAGUACCCAGAGAAUUUCAAGAACAAAAAUGAUACCAGGCUGCGCAUUUUCUCAGGCACUGCAAAUCCUACUCUUUCUCAGGAAAUUGCUUGCUACAUGGGCCUGGAGCUUGGAAAGAUCAACAUAAAACGGUUUGCUGAUGGCGAGAUCUAUGUUCAAUUGAAAGAGAGUGUUAGAGGGUGUGAUGUAUACCUAGUGCAACCCACAAGCCCUCCAGCGAAUGAAAAUCUCAUGGAACUUCUAAUAAUGAUAGAUGCUUGUCGGAGGGCAUCUGCCAAAAAUAUUACUGCAGUUAUUCCAUAUUUUGGAUAUGCUAGGGCUGAUAGAAAGACACAAGGACGUGAGUCUAUUGCAGCAAAACUUGUUGCAAAUCUGAUUACUCAAGCAGGUGCAAACCGUGUUCUUGCAUGUGAUCUUCAUUCAGGCCAGUCCAUGGGUUACUUUGAUAUUCCAGUGGAUCAUGUACAUGGUCAGCCUGUAAUUCUUGAUUACCUAGCCAGCAAGACUGUAAGUUCUGGUGAUUUGGUGGUGGUUUCACCAGAUGUUGGAGGUGUUGCUAGGGCACGUGCUUUUGCCAAGAAACUGUCUGAUGCUCCAUUAGCCAUUGUGGAUAAAAGACGUCAUGGGCACAAUGUUGCUGAGGUGAUGAAUCUUAUAGGUGAUGUUAAAGGAAAAGUAGCUGUUAUGGUUGAUGACAUGAUUGACACUGCUGGGACUAUUGCAAAAGGUGCUGAGCUUUUACACCAAGAGGGUGCCAGGGAAGUUUAUGCAUGCAGCACACAUGCUGUUUUUAGCCCUCCUGCCAUUGAGAGGUUGUCAAGUGGCCUGUUUCAGGAAGUGAUUAUCACAAAUACCAUUCCUGUGAUGGAACAGAACUACUUUCCUCAGCUCACUGUUCUGUCAGUAGCAAACCUUUUGGGCGAGACAAUUUGGCGUGUUCAUGAUGACUGCUCUGGUGGUAUUGAACCCUUUUCCAGCUUGGGCAUUGAUUGAAUCAAAAUCUCGUUCUGGUGUUUUCUUCUCGGCUUCAAUUACCAGUUACUACUGCUAACAGGAUUGUCAUGUUAUUAUUCUCUAACAAUUUCUGUAAGUCUUUUACACUUUGUGGGGUUUAGUGGGGAAGUCUCUUACUACUAGCAGACUGACUUCUUCCUAUUGUUGUCUUCUAAAAUUCCCAUUUCCCCACAAGAGUGGAAAAUUGUGUGGAUGGGUGGUGUAUGUGCCCUUCCAGGAUUGAUGUUUAAUAUGGAUCCGAUUGAUGGGAUACGAUUAAACUGCUGUUUGUUGAGUGUGUA